GCGACCCGCGGAGCCAGGAUGAUUCAACGGCAUCAGCUGGUGCAGUCUGUGCUGCAGGAGCUGCAGGAAGCUACCGAGUGCUUUGGUCUGGAAGGUCUCACCAGCGCUGUGCUGGAGGCAGAGAGGACCUUGUCAUCUUUCUCCCUGCCUGGCUAUUGUGGGAGGCAGUUCCAAGAGGAGCUGGAGGUUGACCGGGUAGCCAGGAGCCUCUAUCCUGAGGAUGCUCCAAGUAACAUGCUGCCUCUGGUUUGCAAAGGUGAAGGAAAUCGCCUCUUUGAGGCUGCCAGUGUGCUGCUCUGGGGCAACCCCAGCCUCAGCCUGGAGCUGCAGGUGCGUACGGUGGUGGAGAUGCUGCUGCACAAGCAAUACUACUUGAAUGGCAUGAUUGACUCCAAGGUGAUGCUGCAGGCUGCCCGCUACUCACUCUGCACUGAAGAGACCCCAGAGAUGACCAGCCUCCCCAUGGCUAUACUAGAGGCCAUCUUUGAUGCUGAUAUCAAAGCUACCUGUUUUCCUGGCACUUUUGCCAACAUGUGGCACGUCUAUGCUCUUGCCUCAGUUCUGCAGUGUAACAUCUACUCGAUCUACCCCAUGAGCAACUUGAAGAUUCGGCCUUAUUUCAACCGCCUCAUCCGGCCCAGGAAGUGUGGCCCACGAACCUCCACGCUCCACAUCAUGUGGUCAGGACAGCAGCUCUCUCGGCAGGUAUUCAAGGCGCAGUACUUUGUGGCUGUGGUUGGCCUGGAGGAGCUGGAACCCACAAUGCCUUCCCCAGAACCUCCUGUCCAGCCAAUGAAGACCCUUGAGCUGCUGAAUAGUGACCCCCAGCUGACUUACUCCAACCUGCGCGAGCGGUACAGCAUUACCAAGAGCACCUUCUACCGCUGGAAGCGUCAGUCCCGUGAGCACCGGCAGAAAGCGGCUGCCAGGUUUGCAGCUAAACACUUCCUCCAGUCCUGCUUUCAGGAGGGAAACGUAAUCCCCCUCCAGCACUUCCGACAAAUGUUUCCAGAAAUCUCCCGAUCCACCUACUAUGCCUGGAAGCAUGAGAUGCAGAGCAUGGUCAAUGGUGAUGCUUCUGCUGUGCCUGACGCUCAUGGGUCCCAGGAACUUCACAGAGAUGGCCCAAAAAAGGCUGACAUGGAGGAGCCAGCAAAUUCAGGGGGGAGCUUAAGAUCUCCAAGUCCUUCCCUUGACCCCGUCCAAGCAGGAAUCUUCAUGCAAGGAGCCAAAUCCUACCUGGAGAAAUGCAUUUCCAUGAACACUCUGGUGCCUUACAGGUGUUUCAAACGCAGCUUCCCUGGCAUCUCCAGGUCUACUUACUACAACUGGCGAAGAAAAGCAAUUAAGGAGAACCCCAACUUCAAGCCCCCCCAGACUCCCUUGGAUAAUCAAAAACCUCUAGCAAUAGGAAAGCCAUUCCUGCAGUUGAAGCCAAGCAGUGUGCCUGUUAGGAAGAGGCCAAACAGAGACCAGCCAGCAGCUAGAAGUCUCCUGGAACAAAAACCCUCUCUGUGUUGGAGAAAGCAGCUGCGAGAUGUGGCCAAGAGGCAGGUCCGGCAGUGGCGGCUGCCAUUCUGCAAGUACCGCCUGCGCUACCCGUCUCUCUCCUCCACAGCAUACUGGUUUUGGAAGGGCACUGGUCAGGCCCUCUGGCAGCAUCGCCUGCCCUGGACCAGCUCCAGAAGGCCACUGAACCGGGUGGCUUCCCUGACCCCUCCGAAAGUAGAGCCGGGCCUCAAGCUCCAGUGCCCCGUGGAGGUAGCCACCAAGCAGGUCAGCAAGUCGGUGCCAGCUACACCGUACAAUGCCACCAUUUCAGGCUAUGCUGUGUCAGAGAGAGCCAACAGCCGGAUGUUUGUGAUGGAUGUGAUUGCCACUGCCCAGUUCAAGGCACAGGCCAAGCUUUUCCUGCAGCAGCGCUUCGAGUCGAAGACCUUCCCCACCUACAAGGAGUUCAGUGCCCGCUUCCCGCUCACGGCACGUUCCACUUACUACAUGUGGAAGCGCGCUCUGCAUGACGGGCUGACGCUCGUGGAUGCCUGAGUGCCAGCUGCCAGCUGGCGUGGUCACAGCUCCUCUGCUGAUUGUGCUUUUUGGCUCGCCAGUAGAGUGCCUGGGCUAGGGCCGUGCUCUGAGUUUUGUUCUGGUUUGCUUUUGUUUUGUUCCUGGUCUCUGGUCUGCUUUUUUCAUUUGGUUCCAUCAGGUAUGGGAGCACAGUGCCCAUUCCCAGAGAUGGGAGGAGUGGAAGGAGAAGGCACUAAGCUGCCCCAAAGGGGAAGGGCUAGGUGACUGUCCUCUCUGUGCUAAGAGAACGAGCAAGUGAGGGAGUACCCUGCCAGUGGCACAGGAUGCUGCUGGGUCUUUUGAGACAGAGGACUUGAAGGGAUCUCUGCCCUGGGCAGUUGCUUGAAUGAGUAAUAUGGAUGUGCAGGAUGAGUAUGGAGGUGCUCAGCAUUCCCUUGGUGAGAGCAGCAGUGCUGGCUCAGUUGUAAGUGAGGAGGGGCUUAAGAAGUGCUCAGCUUUAUGGGACAAGCAUCUUUGAUCUGGGUUCUUCUCAGCUAAGGAAAACAAAAGCUUCACUUGGGGUCAGUACCAAUGCCACCAUGGCUUCCUGUCUCUCAAUACCUGCCUCUGGUUGCCCCAAUCUUCCCUAGAAGGAGUAGAGGCUGGUAGAGGAGGGAACUUAUGUUCCUACAGUAGUCUGUCCCCUAGCAGUGCAAAGCUAGGAGCCAGUGUCCUUUGCAGGCUCUGGAGAAGCUGGCCCUGACCUUUCUGGUCUUGUAGCAGUAAUCAUUCACACAGUCCUUUACUCUCUCACAGACAGCAGAUGCCUUACUUUCUUAGAGUCUCUCUUCCCUGGUGCCUGAGAGAAGGCAGUGAGAUGAAUUUUGUGUGCCCUGCAUCUCCUGUGCCAUGCUGCAAGCUGAAUGUGGGUGUCCCCUUGCAGCCACUCUAGAAGCAUAUGCAUCUCACUUGUAAGAAAUCAGAGCAAUAAAAAACUCUUCCACUCCUA